AUGGGGGAGGCAGCAUAUGUCAUUGGCAUAGAGAUCCAUAGAAACCGAUCUCAAGGAAUUCUUGGCUUGUCUCAAAAGGCCUAUAUUAAUAAAGUUCUAGAAAGAUUUCGGAUUAAAGAUUGUUCAGCCAACAUGGCACCUAUUGUGAAAGGGUGUACUGAGUUCGAACCGGAGUGGUUUCAAGUGUUGGACAAUAUUUAUUGGAAACCGGUUAUUCUGGUUGGGCGGCUACCUAGUAGUAUUGGUCCUGUUGGAGGUGAGGAUAACGACAAGUGGCGAUGGGAUGAAGUGACUGAGAUCGCUUUGGGAUUAGAGAAAUUGAAGCCUUCGUUUUUGUGGGUGUUGAGGCUUCAGCAUGGGCCGUGGGACCCAAAUGUGUUGCAGUUACCAGAAGGGUUUGAAGAGCGAACGCAAGUGCGUGGAGUUGUGUGUGCCUCUUGGGCGCCGCAAUUGAAGAUAUUGGGCCAUGUGACGGUUGGUGGGUUCUGA